AUGGACAUGGAAGAGGAAGAAGGAGAUGGAGAGGAUGAAAUUUAUGAUGCAAAUACAGAUACCAAACCAAAUAAAGCAUCUAUCCUCCUUCUAGCAGAAGAUGUUGAUACAGAUGCAGAGGCAGAAGAAGUAUUAAAUGAAUUAAAUCUCCUCACAGAAAUUGAAGAAUCGCCACCUGAUUUAUUACAUAGAGAAUUACAACAAGAUCCAGGAUGCCCAAAUAAUAAAGAAGGCAGUGACUCCACGCUGAAAUUAGGAGUAUUAGAACAAUUAUGUGUUAACAAUGAUGCAGAAAUAUUGUACGAUUUUGAUCUCUUCGAACGUUUCGAUGAUCUCUGCGAGCAUCACGGAUGUGAGAAGAUAUCUACAUUGGGUGACUGCUACUAUUGCGUGAGCGGAUGUCCCGAGCCGAGGUCCGAUCACGCAAAGUGCUGCAUAAAAAUGGGUCUAGCUAUGAUCGAAGCGAUCAAACAAUUCGACAUCGAAAGAAGGGAAGGUGUGAACAUGAGAAUAGGUGUGCACACGGGCACUGUGCUCUGCGGGAUCGUGGAUACGAAAAGAUUCAAGUACGAUGUCUGGUCGAACGAUGUGACAUUGGCGAAUAAACUCGAGAGCACGGGAAAACCCGGUCGUGUACACUUGAGUGAGAAUACCCUGAGAUUUCUGGACGACCAGUACAUCACGGAAGAGGGAGAACUAGUCAAUGGCGUUAAAACUUAUUUCAUCCGAGCCUGCAAAUUGGACUUCAUGAAUCAAUUUAUCACGAACGUUACGUCACCGAAAAGUAUCUCACUGUUGAUGCAGUCAUGUAGCCGUCUGGCGUCGUGCAAUACUCAGGUUAAACCACGCCAUAAUUACCUCCAUAUGGUCAUCAACACGAGCAACUACCGGAUGAAAGCCAAUUCCUUGCCGAAUAUCUUGGAUUCCGAGAAUGACGGCUACAUUAAAGAGGAUUCAAACAAGAACCCGACGUCCACCGCUAGUUACGGCAAGAAGAAAGUACGAAACAAACCGUGGAAGUACUUGCAGAGGCAACGGACGACUGAGGAGAUGACACCGCUGGAGAUAUAGGAGGGGAGAAACAUCGCCAUGGGACGAGAGAAACCUGAAGUCCAGGCGUAUGAGGAGUGCAAUGGGUUUAGACGAAUUCCUCUUACCAAUGGCGUCGAGAUGGAUCCGAAUACUGUACCUUCUACUCCUUUAUUAUCUGGUCAAGAACCGAUUCUUCACGCGAUAGUCACGCUUCUUCCAUAUGCAGCAGGAAGGAUUCCGGCAUCAAGAACAACAACAAGCGAAGUAGUAUACAACAGCAGUUAUUCCUAAUAAACGGCAUGGCCCAAGGCGAUCUUUUAGGACACAGGGUCAGUGGCUAUUAUAUUUCUAGUUGGACGUUAAAUUCUACUCACGAGCUUUCGUCGUCGAUACCUCUUUACCCGUUUCCACCGAUAGUGACGGAUACAUUCGGCGCAUGCUUUCAUAAACUGCGAAAACGAUCCGAUCUCCAGUUGAUUAGAUGUGUUCAAGACAACGUGAGCUCUCAACGUUCGUACUUCGUUAAGCCACCGCUGUCCAACGUUACUCUCUUUUUCAAGAACAAGGAGAUGGAGAAGGAGUACUGAGAGAAUAUGCACAAAGCUAGCGAAGGUAUUGGCGGCAAUCCGCUUACCCUGGCUACUUCGAGGUUCAACAUGUAUUUUGAUAUUCUGAUAUCCGUUCUGGUCUAGUUACGGUCAUCACGAUCUUUUCAUAUUACAUAAAAAUAUAAGGAAAAAAACCCUCUCGAGAGAGAAAGAGCUUCAUAAUUUGUAUCCAUUCUAUUAUGUCUAUAUAUGAGAAGAUAUAUUGAUACAUGGAAAUAUUUUUACAUCUUGUAAUCACAUGCGCACAUGGCAAAAUAUGUUUUUGAGAAGAAUAAAGAAAAAUAUAAUGAAGAAGAUAUGAAAAGAAGAGCAGAAACGAAGAGAUGCCUGAAAAAUAAGAAAUUAUGUUAACAAAUAGCGUGAACAAUAUCAUUAAAAUGCAAGAUGAUAGUAAACAUUA